AUGAUGGAUUCUAAAGCACUGAUUUUAAGUUAUGCUGAUAACUCAAACGAUAAUGAGACUACAACUGGAGUCAAUGAUAAAAAGCUUCAAUCAGGUAUUAGCAGCUGGAAUAUAACUGAGUUCAAUGAUGAUAUAAUGAAGCUAUAAAUUACUUGGAAAAAUCCCUUAGCUGUGUCAACUAUGGAUUCAACUAUCAUUGCUACAACAAGAAUAUCCUCAUCUAUUCCUCCUCAAAUUUCAGACGGAACGACUUUUCUCCUUUCAGCUGCAACUGCCUCUUCUAAUGCUUUAAGUGGAGCUAUUUCAAUAAACUUUAUUUUAAGCAUGAUCAUGGGAAUUUCUCUGAAAAAUCUCUGGAUGCUUUUGAACACCUUACAAAUAAUGGUUCACAUACCUCUAUUAAACAUUCCGCUUCCCUCUAAUACGAUUUUUAUGUUUUCUCAAGUAAUCGAGAUUUCAAAGAUGAAUCUAAUUCCAAAAUCAUACUUAAAGCAAGUAAUCUAAAAGGUAUUGCUUAUUAUUGAAUCAAAGUUAUUUUUCAACUCCUUCAUUAGAGCUGUGAUGAAAGGAUACCUAGGAUUUGCUGUUGCUACAUUGAUUAGUUUGACUACCUCCGAUAAUUUAAAUUUGAACCUUUUUAUGACAUUUAUCAUGAGCUUUUGUAUUUUCAGCAUACCGUUUAUAGCAUAUCAAUUUCUAUCGACCAACUUUGCAAUUCUAACUUAACAAAAGUUCUUAAGCAAAUAUGGAACUUUAUAUUUGAAUUUAGAGCCCACUAAGAAAUCUACAAUUUCAAGAAAAAUACUUAUCAUGGAGUUUUUUAAUGAAUUCACUAUAAUAUGCCUCUCUUACUUAUUGAUUCCAUUUGCCUUGAACAUUAUAACUGACUAUGAAUUGAGAUAUAAUAUAGGAUGGACUAGCAAUUUAAAUCUGAUUAAUCAAUAUGAAUAAAACUUUGAAAGUGACAUUACAUAUCAUAUUGAGCCGAAUUAAAUCUAAGCCAAUUAAGACCUCUAGAUAACUGAUUAUCACAUGAAUUCUACUAUUGAUGGACUUUUAAAACAAACAGACCAGAAUGAAUUACAUAGCUAGACUUUUGACUAAAACCAAUAGGAUAUUUCAAUGAACAGUUACUCUGGCGAAGAUGAUGAAGUAACAAUGGGUCAUGCUGCCUAUCAUUUAGGCAACCCUGCACUUACUUCAGGCAACAAUAUUUAGGAUAUAGAAGAAUCUUAAAUAGGGUAUAAAUUAGAUGAUCCUUAAAAUUAAGUAUUAGAAGUUGAAGAUUUUUGA